AUGGAGCUCCUCCUAUCCCCAAAGAAGAGAAGGCUAUCGCUUUCUUGCGAGGAGGAAAGGCAGCCAGCUCCGACCAAGAAGAAGGCAAGAUGGCAGAAGGAGAAGACAAGAAAGACGCCGGCCGUCGUCGACGUCAAGAACCGGCCGUUCAAGAAGUUCGCCGCCGCUGGUGCAGCACCAUGCCGGACAAUCUUGGUGUGGUUGGGAAUCCACCGCCCGGUCCUCCUGUUUGAGAAGAUCCUCUUCCACAGCGACGUCGACAGGGAGCAGAACCGGCUGCAGGUGAACGAGGGAGUGGUGGAGUCGUCACCAUUGAUGGCGAUGCUAACCGAAGAGGAGGAGUCCGUGAUGAAGAACCCCAAGAUCGGGUUGCCGGUCACCGUGCUCGACCCCCUGGCACGCGAGUACCGGAUGACUCUCAGGAAGCUCGGGACCCACUACUAUCGUUUCAUGGGCCAAUACCAUAAGCUCGUGAAGAACAACAAGAUCGAGGUCCAUCACAUUCUUGAUAUCUGGGGAUUUCGUGUCCGGGGAGGCCAACAGGAGGGCGAGCUCCGAUUCGCGAUGCUAAAUUAUGGCCAAGAAGAAACGGAGGAUGAUGGAGAAAAGCUCACGGCUCGUGAGAAGGAGGCCAUCGAGGCGUUGUUGGAGCUGAAGAAGGGGCCUGCGAUUUUCCAGGAUUAGCGGUUG